AGGUGGAGGCGGCGGGUUACGUUCAUCCUCAGCUGCCUACUGAGUUCAGGGUAGCCUGAGCUCGAGGAGCCACGUUCUCCGAAACGGGGCGGGGCGGGGGGGGCGGAACUAAAAAUUCUGAGUCCUCGAAGUUCCGAGCGUAAAGACGCUCCACGUGGGACCCGUGCGGGAACCCGCUGCCGCCAUCUUCCUUGCUGGCGAGGCGUGUGUGCGUCAUGCGCCGCCAGGCCCGGAUGCGGGACGCCGCCGCCCGUAACCAAGAUGGCGGCCGCGGGUGGGCGUGGCCAGUGAUGGAGUCUCCGGGUGUGCGGGCCGUGGAGGCGGCAAUGGAUCCCAGCUGGGAGGAUGAAGAGGAGGAGGACGAAGAGGAGACGGAGGAGGUUGAGCAGUUUGUUCUGGUAGAACUGUCAGGCAUAAUUGAUUCAGACUUUCUCUCCAAGUGUGAAAAUAAAUGCAAGAUUUUGGGAAUUGACACCGAGAGGCCCAUCCUGCAGGUGGAUAGCUAUGUGUUUGCUGGGGAAUAUGAAGAUACUCUUGGGACCUGUGUUAUAUUCGAAGAAGGUAUUGAACGUGCCCUGCCUAUCCUGGACUUGCUCUGUAGACCAGGCUGGCCUCAAACUCAGAGACCACCUGCUUCUGCCUCCCAGAGUGCUGGGAUUACAGUGGAUCCGGAAGGGACUGAUAAGACUGUGCUGAAAUACAAGUGCCACACAAUGAAGAAGCUCAGCAUGACCAGGACUCUUCUGACAGAAAAGAAGGAAGGAGAAGAAAACAUAGAUGGUGUAGAAUGGCUGCAGAUGAAGGAUAAUGAUUUCUCCUAUAGACCCAACAUGAUUUGCAGCUUUCUACAGGAAAAUGAAGAUGAAGCUGGAGUGUCAGCCUCUGAUAAACCUGUGGAGUUGGAGGACCAAGAGAUGGCAGUGAAAGGCAGUGCGGAGCAGACACCCGAGCAGGAGAAAGCACAGCACUUGGAAGCAGGGGACCCUGGUCUUCCUGGGGAUACCCCUUCUACAAUGCAAAGUUCUGUUUUCAUGGGAACUCAGGGUGGAAAUGUUUCUCAGAAGAACCAGCCAUGAACUUUUGGAAAAGAAGUCAUAUAUGAAAUUGGCUCACAGUCGGUUCACCAUUGUGUUGUUCUUGUUGACAGUACACGUAUUUCCAGUUACUACGCAAUGUAGUGUGCUCAAAUCGUGCAGGACAAGAUAGGAGUUCCGUCUUUAAAAAUACAAUGAGAGCUAGCACCAUAGUUAAGAACACUGGCUGCUCUUCCCGAGGACCAGGGUUUGACUCCCAGUGCAUUCACAGCAGUUCAGAACUGUCUGUGGCUUCAGUUCCCAGAUCUGAUGCCUGCUUCCCGCCUCUUAGGCUCCAGGUUCUCUCUGUCUACCUUUCUGUGGGUUCUGGGAAUCACAGUCGGGUCAUGAAGCUUACACAGCAAAAGCUUUACCAGCUGCCCCAUCUCACAGCCCUCUCUCCACAUAAAAAUCCCCUAUAGAAAUUCUUUAUACCAGGCCAUGGUGGAGCAUGCCUUUGAUCCUAGAGAGGCAGGUGGAUCUAUUGAGUUCAAGGCCAGCCUGGUCUAUAGAGUAAAUUCUAGGACAGCCAGCUCUACACAGAGAACCCUGUCAAGAAGAAAACAAAAACAAGAAACCAAAACAUUUAUGUAUAUGUGUGAGUGUAUAUGUGUGCUCACCACGAACUGACCUGGUGCUGGAGGAGGCCAGAAGAGCACUUUGGGUCUCUUAGAACUGGAGUUAGAGAGGGUCGUGAGCCAUUUGGAUGCUGGGAAUUGAAGUCCAGUCCUCUCCAAGAACAGUAAGUCCUCUAAUUGCUGAACCAUCACUCUUGUCAUCCUCCCCCACCCUCCUUUUUCCUGAGACAUAGUUUUGCUGUGUAACCCAGACUAGCCUUGAAUUCUCCAGCCUUCUGAUAGUAGCAAGUGUUUUUGUAUUUUAAAGUCCUCUUCUACAAGGGAGCUAUGAGGGGCAGAAACAAGUCAGAUGAUUGGAUUCUGAAAAUGCUGCCCUGCACUACUACAAGUUAGAAACUUCUUUGGAAAAAAGGUGGUUUGGAGUUUUUGGUUUGAGAUUGGAGCUCAUGUCAUCCUGGCUGGCCUGGCACUUGUGUAAACCAGGCAGGUACCAAACUUUCUGCUUCUGUCUCCCUAGUGCUAGGAUUAAAGAUGAACCAGCCUGCAUAA